AUGGCCUCCCUCGUUCGCGCCUUGCGCCCCCUGUCGCGCACCGUCCCCUCCGCCCGCUUGGCUUCCAGGCGUUUCCCUGGCCGCACCGUGCCGAGUGCAUAUGCAUUUUCCACCACUCCCCGCCGGCGGGAGGCCGACCUCUCUGAUCUCACCCCGACACCGAUCAGCCUUUUGUCCGAGACCGAAUCGAUGAUGGCCGAUACGGUCCAGAAGUUUGCCCAGGAGCAGAUUGGACCGAAGGUCCGGGACAUGGACGAAGCUGAAACCAUGGAUCCGGCGGUGGUGGAGCAGCUCUUUGAGCAGGGCCUGAUGGGCGUUGAGAUUCCCGAGGAGUACGGCGGAGCGGGCAUGAACUUCACGGCGGCCAUCGUGGCCAUCGAGGAGCUCGCUCGCAUUGACCCCAGUGUCAGCGUCAUGGUGGAUGUCCACAACACCCUGGUCAACACCGCCAUCAUGCGCUACGGCGACGCCCAGGCCCACCGCACCUGGUUACCCAAGCUUAGCACGGGCACUGUCGGCUCGUUCUGUCUUUCCGAGCCCGCAUCGGGCUCGGAUGCAUUCGCUCUGCAGACCAAGGCUGAGAAGACCGCUGACGGAUACAAGCUCAACGGAUCUAAGAUGUGGAUCACCAAUGCCAUGGAGUCCGGGAUCUUCAUUGUCUUCGCCAACCUGAACCCCAGUGCCGGAUACAAGGGCAUCACCGCGUUCAUCGUCGAGAAGGACACUCCGGGCUUCUCCAUCGCCAAGAAGGAGAAGAAGCUUGGCAUCCGGGCCAGCAGUACUUGCGUGCUCAACUUCGACGACGUGGUCAUUCCCAAGAGCAAUCUGCUUGGUGAGGAGGGCCAGGGCUACAAGUAUGCCAUUAACAUCCUGAAUGAGGGUCGCAUUGGUAUUGCCGCCCAGAUGACCGGUCUGGCCCUCGGUGCAUGGGAAAACGCUGCCCGAUAUGUAUGGAACGACCGCAAGCAGUUUGGCCAACUGAUCGGAGAGUUCCAGGGCAUGCAGCACCAGAUUGCUCAGGCCUACACCGAGAUCGCGGCCGCCCGCGCACUGGUCUACAACGCUGCCCGUAAGAAGGAGGCUGGACAAGACUUUGUGCAGGAUGCCGCGAUGGCCAAGCUGUACGCCUCGCAGGUUGCCGGACGCGUCUCCGGCUCUGCUGUCGAGUGGAUGGGUGGCAUGGGCUUCGUCCGCGAGGGCACGGCCGAGAAGAUGUUCCGCGACAGCAAAAUCGGAGCCAUCUACGAGGGUACCAGCAACAUCCAGCUGCAGACCAUCGCUAAGCUGUUGCAGAAGCAGUACACUAAUUAG